UUGUUACGGGACUUUAAAGCAAGGCCCACGCAGAGUGUGAUUGUUUUGCACGAACCGCGGACGAUAUUGUUACAAACUAUACAAAGACGAGCUUGAGUAGUGAAGAUCAAAGAUAUCUUUUGUCUAAUGAGCGUUUUGUUACAAACAGCUGGUCAAUCAAAACAAUAGUGAUCGCACACCGUGACACACUCAAUCGAUUCAUGGCGCAAUUUAGUCUCGAGCUUUGUUUCCGGGUAGCUUUUCUCGCUGUACUUCUUCCUCUGACUUUAGGAGCUUGUGUUGAUUUAGAUCUUGGAAUGGGAAGGGGAGCAAUUCCAAACAGUAAUAUAACUGCUUCUUCCAUACAAAGUGCCAGCACACCAGCUAAGCAUGGUCGACUGAACUACGCAUCAGGAUCAUCAUGGUGUGCAAAAACAAGUGAACGGAACCCAUAUCUACAGAUUGACCUACAGACACUUCACAUUGUCUGUGCUGUGUCCACACAAGGGAAUUCUCAGGCAGAUCAGUGGGUGAAGACUUACAAGCUACAACUAUCCACAGAUGGAACAAAUUGGACUGACUAUAAAGAACUUGGACAGGUUAAGGUUUUAGAGGGAAAUAUGGAUAGAAACUCAGCUGUCAAACAUGUUCUAUAUGGAGUGUUAACAAGAUAUGUGCGAUUUGUAUCACAAACACAACAGGGUGUAGCGUGCAUGAGAACAGAGGUGUUUGGGGUGAAACAGAAGCCAACUUGUGAUUCACGGGCGAUUGGUUUGGCCGAUGGUGGUAGGAUUCCAGAUGACAGCUUCUUUGCCAGUUCAAUAUAUAAAUCUAUAUAUGCAGCUAAAUAUGGUCGUCUUAAUGGAACAGGGGCAUGGGCACCUAAGACCACUGCUGAUCCUCAAGACUACCUACAAAUUGACCUACUAAAUGAGUAUGUUAUCUGUGCUGUAGCUACCCAAGGAAACCCACCAUCUCAAUCCCCAAAUGCUCAAGAAUGGACCACAGAGUACAAACUAAGAUUUUCUCUCAGUGGUACCACUUUUUCCCCUUAUAAUGAAACUAAAAUUGAGAAGGUCUUUACCGGAAAUUCAGGAAAAACGGACACUAGGAAGAACAGUCUUAAAGAAUUUGCAAGUGCAAAGUUUAUCCACUUUCUGCCUACAAGUUAUCAUAAUUUCAAGGUUCUGAGAGUGGAAGCUUAUGGAAUUCUUUUGAGUAAAGUUCCGUCACGUCCUCCUACCGCCUUCAACUUGACUGCAAGCUCUUCUACCAGCAUCACAGCUUCCUGGCAGUUACCUCCAGUCUUUGCCAGACAUGGAACCAUCAUAGGGUUUAAACUCUUCUACAAGAAGAAAGGUUCUGAUAAGCCAGCAAGAAACUUGACUAUUAGAGGGGAAUUAACAUUGAGUAAAAAUGUCACUGGUCUUGAUGAGUACACAGAAUAUGAAUUUCAAGUCCUGGCUUAUUCAUCUGAUGGUGAUGGGCCAAAUAGUUCUGUUGAGGUAGAAAGAACAAUGGAAGAUGUUCCAUCACAAGCUCCUAGCAAUUUCACUGUGACUGCAAGUACAUCUUCAAUUGUUACAACCUACUGGCAGUUACCACCAGUAGACUCCAGAAAUGGAUUAAUCAUAGGAUUUAAAUUGUUCUACAAAAAUAAAACUGUACUAGGUUCAGCAACCAUGUUGCCGAUAAUUGAUGGAGCUACUCAUCACAAAAUGGUCACUGGCCUAGACAAGCACACAGAAUAUGAAUUCCAAGUGUUGGCCUACACUUCAGUUGGUGAUGGACCAAAGAGUUCUCCUGUAAUGGUGAGAACCAUGAAAGAUGGAGGUUGUGUUGAGUUUUAUCUUGGUAUGGAAAAUAGAACAAUUCCAGACAAUAAAGUCGCUGCUUCUUCUGAACAAAGUGCCAAUACACCAUCCAAGAACGGUCGACUGCACUACACAUCAGGAUCAUCAUGGUGUGCAAGAGCAAGUGAACGGAACCCAUAUCUACAGAUUGACCUACGGGCACUUCACAUUAUUUGUGCUGUGUCAACUCAAGGGAAUUCUAAGGCAGAUCAGUGGGUGAAGACUUACAAACUACAACUAUCCACAGAUGGAACAACAUGGACUGACUAUAAGGAACUUGGACAGGUUAAGGUUUUAGAGGGAAAUAAGGAUAGAAACUCAGCUGUUAAACAUGUUCUAUAUGGAGUGUUAACAAGAUAUGUGCGAUUCCUGCCAAUAUAUGCAGCUAAAUAUGGUCGUCUUAAUGGAACAGGGGCAUGGGCACCUAAGACCACUGCUGAUCCUCAAGACUACCUACAAAUUGACCUACUAAAUGAGUAUGUUAUCUGUGCUGUAGCUACCCAAGGAAACCCACCAUCUCAAUCCCCAAAUGCUCAAGAAUGGACCACAGAGUACAAACUAAGAUUUUCUCUCAAUGGUACCACUUUUUUCCCCUAUAUUGAAACUAAAAUUGAUAAGGUCUUUACCGGAAAUUCGGGAAAAACGGACAAAAGGAAGAACAGUCUGAAGGAAUUUGCAAGUGCAAAGUUUAUCCGCUUUCUGCCUACAAGUUAUCAUGGAUUCAAGGUUCUGAGGGUGGAGGCUUAUGGAAUACUUUUGACUAAAGUUCCAUCACGUCCUCCUACUGCCUUCAACUUGACUGCAAGCUCGUCUACCAGCGUCAAAGCUACCUGGCAAUUACCUCCAGUCUUUGCCAGACAUGGAGCCAUUGUAGGGUUUAAACUGUUCUACAAAAAGAAAGGUUCUGAUGAGCCAGCAAGAAAUUUGACCAUUAGAGGGGAAUUAACAUUGGAUAAAGAUGUCACUGGCCUUGAUGAGUACACAGAAUAUGAAUUUCAAGUCCUGGCUUAUUCAUCUGAUGGUGAUGGGCCAAAUAGUUCUGUUGAGGUGGAAAGAACAAUGGAAGAUGCUCCUUCACGACCUCCAUCUAACUUUAGGAUUAAUGGAACCUCUUCUACAAGUGUUACAGCAUCUUGGCAGUUACCACCAAAAAAUUAUAGAAAUGGAAUAAUCAGAGGAUUUAAAUUGUUUUACAAAAAGAAAGCCUCUUCAGGGUCUGGAACCAUCCUUUCUAUUAACAGUGAAGCAGUUUUAGACAAAGUUGUCACUGGGCUUGAUAUUUACACUGAAUAUGAAUUUCAAGUGUUGGCUUUCACUUCUGCUGGUGAUGGAGUGAACAGCUCUCUGGUUGUUGAGAGAACAGGAGAGGAUGUUCCUUCAAGGCCUCCUGAUGGCUUUACUCUGAAUGUAACCUCUUCUAUCAGUAUUAUAGCAUCCUGGCAGUUACCACCAAAAAACUCCAGAAAUGGAAUAAUUCGAGGAUUCAAAUUAUACUACAAAAAGAAAGGCUCGUCAGGGGCAGGAAGAAUGCAGUCCAUUAACAAUCAAGCAACUCACAAUAAAGUGGUCACUGGGCUUGAAAAAUACACAGAGUAUGAAUUUCAAGUACUGGCAUUCACUUCUGUUGGGGAUGGACCAAAAAGUUCUGUUAAAAUUAGUAGGACAAAAGAAGAUGCUCCUUCACGAGCUCCCACCAACUUCAGUGCUGCUGCAAGUUCCUCCACGAGUAUUACAGCAUCGUGGCUCUCACCACCAGAAAACUUCCGACAUGGCAUCGUCAAAGGGUUUAAAUUAUUCUACAAAAUGAGGGGCUCCUCAAAGUCAGCAAAGUUCGUGAACAUUUCUGGAGGAGAUACAUUAAGUACAAUUGUGACUAGUCUUCAUAAGUAUACAGAGUAUGAAUUGCAGGUGUCAGCAUAUACGUCAGUUGGGGAUGGACCAAAGAGUCAUGUUGAAGUGGUGAGAACAGAGGAAGAUGCACCCAAUGCACCUACUUCCUUCUCAUAUACUGAUGUACCACCUGGCAAGUCGCAUGGUCCAAGAAUAACCUUGACCUGGAGGAAGCCUGAAAAACCAAAUGGAGUUAUCAGGAGUUACACGUUGUUUUACAGUCACAGUGGAGACACAUUAAAUGAGAUUUCUGGAAUAGGUGCUCAAAAUUACACUCUUGAUGUCUUGGGUGGAGUGAGUUAUCGAUUCCAUAUCAGAGCUGUGACUAUCAAACCAGGACAAAAUAUGACUGAGACUGUAACUUCCAAGGAAUAUGAACCCAGUUUUGGCCCUGAUUCUGUUUCAUCCUCUCAAGUUCAAGAAAACAAGAGGGCCUUUAACAUCUCAUGGGCGCCUCUACCAAGAGAAAAAAGUAAUGGAAAAGUUAUUUUGUAUGAAGCGGAGGCCAUCAUUUUGGAGAAGGAAAAUGUGCGCAAAGGAUCUGUCGUCAACAGCCCCUCUGCCAAUACUUCAGCAACAUUUGUUGUCCUGUCUGACUUUGAGCUUUGUUCUAAAUAUGAUGUCGCUGUUCGAGCUUACACUGCAGCAGGGCCGGGACCCUAUGGCGAACCUUCGAGACUGGAAACAUCAAGACCAGAACCACCAGGGGACAUUAGUGCAACAGACACUGGAACAACCCAGGUUACGCUGACGUGGAAACAAACUGACAAAAAGGAAAAAAUUGUGUAUACUGUGAAGUAUAGUGGAACAAAGUCGUACAACAAAACGUUCAAAGAUAAUGGGAAGAGUUUAGAAAGAAUAAAUACAACAUCGCAGACGGUUAAAGAGUUGAUUCCAGGCACCACGUACAAAUUUGAAGUUUCUGGCUCCUCUGUCUGUGGGGUAAGCGGAUCCAGAAGGGUAACAGUGACAACAGAGGUGAAAGCUCCGGAAGCCCCAUUUCCUCAUAAUGUGAGCAAUGUUGAGGUUUCGAAGACAUCUGCUGAUAUUUAUCUGUGGCCAGUUGAACAAAAAUAUGGUCCAAUAAGUGCUUAUCAGAUUAUUGUUUUGAAAGUUGUAAAUGGUGUUGAAGAGCUUCCAGACAGUUAUGAUUCACAACUGAAAGCUGCCAGUGAUGCAAGGAAGGACGACGUGAACUUUUACAUUGCUGCUGAGAUAAAGAAUGUCCAAGUGCACGUAAAACCUUGGAAAUUUACCGUUGGCAAUGGUAAAAAAACUGAAAACUAUGUGAAUGAAAAACUUGAAAAAGGAGAGAAAUACACUGUGUACGAGAGGGCUCUAACUGAUACCACAAAGGUAGUCUUAAAAGGAGAAGUAAGCAGAGUUGCCAAAAUUGUCAUCACCUCGAUAAAUGCUGGGGGUGGGAAAAAGGAAAAGUCCAGUGGUUCUCCAGCUGCAGCUGUUGCUGUACCUGUAGUCCUGUUGCUACUUCUUAUACCAGGAGUUGUUGUUGCGGUGUUCUUAUACCGGAGGAGAAGGCAAUCAAGGUCAAAAAGUGCCAGUGAAAGGCGGUCUGUUCAACUUGAUGACCUGAAAAGCGGUUCUCAAGACCUUACCUCAAGUACAUCAAAUCUGGUCUAUCAAAAUAUAGGAGACAUUCGUCGGACAAUUAAAGGUGCUGAACAACAGCCUGUUAGUGAAGAGAAAGAAGCCAUUUACAGUGAGGCUGACGAUGGAAAACCCAAACCAAUUCCUGUGGCUGAAUUUGUAAACUACUUCAAGCAUAAAUCAAAAAAUGGUGCCAUUGUGUUGCGCGAGGAAUUUAAGUAUUUGCCAGGAGGGAUGCAGUUCUCCUGGGAGAUUGGUAAGAGUAACAGAGGCAAGAACCGUUAUGGAAACAUUGUUUCAUAUGAUCAUUCUCGCGUAUUAUUGGAGGAAAUAGAGGGUGAUACAAACUCCAGCUACAUCAAUGCAAGCUACAUUCCGACGUACGAUGAGGUCUCCAUGACCUAUAUUGCAACACAAGGUCCAACAUCUUCAACUAUCGCCGAUUUCUGGCGAAUGGUGUGGCAGGAAAACAUUUCCACCGUUGUGAUGCUUACAAACCUGGUUGAGCUGGGAAAGGGCAAAUGUGAUCAGUAUUGGCCAGAUGAUACUUUCAGAUUUGGUGCCAUCACCGUUACCCUGCACAAGACUGAAACCUUUGCCGAUUACGUCAUCAGGUCACUAAUCGUGACAAAGGAUGCAGAAAAUAGGAAUGUGCAGCAGUUUCAUUACGUCACUUGGCCAGACAAAGGUGUCCCACACCAUUCCACAGCUCUACUUGGAUUUAGACAAAAGAUUCAUGCUAGGCACCUGGCUACUGGUGGACCACUUCUUGUGCAUUGCAGUGCUGGUGUUGGUCGAACUGGCACGUAUAUUGCUAUCGACGCCAUGCUGGAGAGUGCUGAGAAGAUUAAAACUGUGUUCAUACAGAAUUACGUGCAAGUCAUGCGUAAAUCUCGUCCUCAUAUGAUACAGAAAGAUGACCAGUAUGUUUUCUUGCAUCAAGCAGUGAUGGAAGCUUUGGUAUGUGGAAAUACAGAGAUUGUCCCUCAGGACCUACGAAUUACAAUGAACAAGCUUACCAUGGUACAUAAAUCAUCCAAAAAGACUGGAUAUGAGCAAGAGUUUAAGCGCUUGGAGCUUGUAACAGACGCCGAGGCUUCUCAAGAGGAAGCAAAGCAAGCAUUUAUGCCGGCAAACGUUGUCAAAAAUAGGUUCCCUAACGUUGUUCCACUGGACAGCGCUCGAGUGCUCUUACAAGCUUCUUCACAAGACAAGAGUUACAUCAAUGCCUCAUUCGUUGACGACUACAAACAACGUAAUGCAUACAUCCUGACUCAAGCGCCAUUAGAUAACACUAUUUUAGACCUCUGGCAAAUGAUUUCUCAAUAUGAUAUUGGCACAGUUGUGAUGUUGAAUAACUUGAAAGAGGGAAAGCAGAACUACCCACAAUACUGGCCAAGCAAGGAAUCCGCCAAGUAUGGGGAAGUCACCGUCCAGCUUUUGUCUCAAGAGACUUCUAACAAUAUCACUACCCGACGAUUCAGCGUAGAGAAUGCAGCGGUACGGUUCGCUUGUUUUAGAAUUUUUAGAUCCUCUUUUAUCUGAUUACUUUCAG